AAAACAUUUCAAAAGGCUAGCGAACUGAAAGUUGUAAUAGUUUGAUCUACUUUUCCUUUCAAGAAAUCUCGUUUUGUGAUAAUUUGAUAGAACAAUUAAAGAAGCUUUUGCGCUAUUUUUUUUUCAUCUCCAAAGAUGGUAUAACAGUCACUAAAAGAUCCAACUAAUUUGUCGUUAACGCGCUAAUUUCUUCAAAAUGGGUAAGGAAAAGACUCACAUCAACAUCGUUGUCAUCGGCCAUGUGGACUCCGGAAAAUCCACCACCACCGGCCAUCUCAUCUACAAAUGCGGUGGUAUCGACAAGCGUACCAUCGAGAAGUUCGAGAAGGAGGCCCAGGAGAUGGGCAAGGGAUCUUUUAAAUAUGCCUGGGUAUUGGAUAAGCUGAAAGCUGAACGAGAGCGUGGUAUCACCAUCGACAUCGCUCUGUGGAAAUUUGAGACUGCUAAGUACUACGUCACCAUCAUCGAUGCACCAGGGCACAGAGAUUUUAUCAAGAACAUGAUUACCGGAACUUCUCAGGCCGAUUGUGCUGUUCUUAUUGUUGCUGCUGGUACCGGCGAGUUUGAAGCCGGCAUCAGUAAGAACGGCCAAACCCGCGAGCACGCCCUCUUGGCGUUCACUCUGGGCGUAAAGCAGCUAGUGGUGGGCGUUAAUAAAAUGGAUUCAACCGAGCCCCCCUACCACGAGGCACGUUAUGAGGAAAUCAAAAAGGAGGUGUCUUCUUACAUCAAGAAGAUCGGUUACAACCCGGCCACCGUGGCGUUCGUGCCCAUCUCGGGCUGGCACGGCGACAAUAUGCUGGAGCCUUCUGACAAGAUGCCGUGGUUCAAGGGGUGGACCAUCGACCGCAAGGAAGGCAAGGUUGAGGGCAAGUGCCUAAUCGAGGCUCUAGAUGCCAUCCAGCCUCCGUCCCGGCCCACCGAGAAGCCACUUCGCCUGCCCCUGCAGGACGUAUACAAGAUCGGCGGCAUCGGCACCGUGCCCGUCGGCCGAGUCGAGACUGGGAUUCUCAAACCCGGUAUGGUGGUGGUUUUCGCGCCGGCCGCCAUCACCACUGAGGUAAAGUCUGUUGAGAUGCACCACGAGGCUCUGCAGGAGGCCAUGCCCGGAGACAACGUUGGCUUUAACGUUAAGAACGUAUCGGUGAAAGAGUUGCGUCGCGGCUACGUGGCCGGUGACUCGAAGAACAGCCCCCCGAAAGGCGCUGCUGACUUCACCGCGCAGGUGAUCGUGCUCAACCACCCAGGGCAGAUCAGCAACGGCUACACUCCGGUGCUGGAUUGCCACACUGCUCACAUUGCUUGCAAAUUUGCCGAAAUUAAGGCGAAGUGCGACCGCCGUACCGGCAAGACCACCGAGGUGGAGCCGAAGUCGAUUAAGUCGGGCGACGCAGCGAUUGUGACCCUGGUGCCGACAAAGGCACUGUGCGUCGAGUCGUUCCAGGAGUUCCCGCCUCUAGGACGCUUCGCUGUGCGCGACAUGCGCCAGACAGUCGCCGUCGGCGUCAUCAAGAGCGUAACCUUCAAGGAGGUUACUACAGGCAAAAUCACCAAGGCUGCCGAGAAGGCCCAGAAGAAAAAAUAACUAUGGGGCAUCUCAUUAAAUUCAUCGCAGCCGGUAGCCAUAUCCCGCGGUGCUGCGAUCCCCCUCCUCCCGCCAGACCCCGACACCCCCUCCGCCCUCACGAACCCCCCUCCCCCCACGGCCAAGCCUUGCCCCCCUGUGCCCCCUCGGAGCCGCAGCACACUUGCGCGCGCCCGCAAUCGGAGCUUCUUGACUGGUGACGUCACUCCCCUCCCAAAGUCGUGCAUUUAUCGGAACAAGAUACUCAAGUUUAUUCGUUUUAGUUACGUGUACGUGUUAAGUUUAUGUCUCUUUGCUUAUUUUAGGCGUAAGUCGUUCUCCAAAUAUGUGUUUCCAGUGUCUAGUUUACGUUUCAUACGUAACGUUAUAUUUUUCCAUCGCAAGGAGUUUAGGAGGAAAGGCGACGGAAUUAAAAUUGAAUAUUUAAGCUUUUAUGAUCGCCUCAUGGUUGUACUCGAGAUUUUAACAAUCCAUUGUGUCAUAAUGAAAAUUCUAAAAGUUUCCUUGUUAUUUUUGUUUAUAGCAUCUAUUUUCUUUAUGUUUUAAGAAUAAAUAAUUGUACAUGGUCUUACACCUAUUGUAUGUAUGAAAUGUGAAGUAAUUUAUAACUUUUAAUAUACUUACCUCGUUUUAUCGUAAUAUUAUUGUAAACUGGAUUAAGGUUACAUAAAAUGUUCAUUUAAUUAGAUAAAAAUAAGUUAUUUUCGUAAGAUUGAAGAAGUGAUUAUAAGUAGGAGUUGAACAUCAGAGUGUAGAAAAUGGGGGUAGUCGGUUCGAAAUCGACUGCCGGUAGUUGAAUUUAGCCAUACGUUGAUAAAGCGUUAAGAACGUUUUGAUAGAAAUUUGAUGACUUUGUAAAGUGUAAAUGUGAUUUUUGUUCCUAGGUAAAAAAACUAUACUUACUCUGAUAUUUUUACAACAUUGAUUCGCCUGGAGAUGGUAAAAUACAAAGGUUUAAAGAUUCAAUUUAAAUUUCCAUGACUGUUAGAAUUUCACAUAGGCAAUCAAAAUCUUAAGCUAAAUGUAUCUUUGUAAUUUUUUCAAUAAUUUUGUAAAGACCUUGAUCCUGAUAAACCAAUAAAGAAGCUACUGGUAAAACUUA